CUUUAUAUAAUUGAUCGUAAAUUUAUCCAAUGUUUGUUUUUUUAUCAUGUCUUUGUUGUAUGUUUGGUAACCUAGUAACAGGAUUGUUUGCUUCAGCCCUCUUCAUGCGCACCUAUAAAAUAUAUGUAACAGUCAUAGUCACAAUACAAUAAUUAGUUGAAUGUCAAUAAUUUCUGUAUAAAUAUAAAAGGCUAAAUUUUUCCACCUCACCUUUAUUGUCAAUAUAUUUUUAUUUCCAAUGUUUCCAUGACAAUUUACAAGCACAACAGUGAAAUUUUACCAGCGCGUAAUUAAGUAAACUUGAGUGUAAGAAAAAAUAAAAAUAAGAAAUGGAAAGUAUUCGCCCGGUGACAGGUGGGCAAAUGGUAGCAGAGAAAUCCGCAACCCAGUGGCAAAGAGACGUAGACGUAAAAAACGAUAAUAAUUUAGACAGACCUAAAACAAGCGUAAGUCGUCCUCAGACUAGACAUGAGAGACCGAUAUCUCGCAGAGGUACACAAAAUCAGUCUACACGUAAUGGAAGCGCAUUCAGAGCGGUAACUCCAGCAAGAAGUGGAACUUCUGCGAGACCUCCUUCAGCAUCGGCUUAUUCAAAUCGUGGUUCAACGGCCAAUUCUCGGGUUAAUAAUUUAACUUCUGCUAUGGGAAUGAGUAGACUGAACACUGGACUUCCACCGACAUCUCAAAUGAGUUCUGGAGUCUUUGACAGGCCGAUAACUCAGCAUGGAAUUGCUGGAAUGCGUCCGGCUACUACUAGAGGGCUGCCUAUGACAAGGCAAAUUCAAGAUAAAAGAUACUUUGAAGGACUGAUACAAUUGAAACUUCGAGAGCUUAAUCAAGAAAUAGGAGUUAUUUAUAGUGAAAUAGAAGCUCAGAAGAAAGAACGUGUUACUUUUGGGCAUUAUGAUAAUCGAGCUAAAGAACUUGCGGCUGAAUUAACUGAAUUACAGGGACAAUUAGCGGAUUACAAUAUUGUUAUGGACAAAGUUGCGUCGAAUGUCAAUAAAGAAGAUAUGGAGGAAGAUGUUAGAGAAAUAAAAGCUUCAAAUGAACGACUAGCCUUGGAAAUAGAAAGCUUGUUUGAACAGCGAAGAUUUAAGGAGCAAAAACUCCGUGACAUGGAAGAAAGAAUAGAGAUUGAAGAAAAAAAAGCUGACAGAAUGAUAGAAGCUAUGGAUUCAAAUUCACGGGAAGCAUAUGAUAAUUUGGUUGAAGAAAGAAAUAAAUUGCAGAGUGAUAUAGGAAACUUGCAAAAGGAAAUGGAUUUAUUGAUGUCAGAAAAGUAUAAUUUAGAAGAACAAAUAGCUUUGUCGUCGAUUAAACAAGAGGCUGUCAAGCUUGGGAUCAACAUAGCUGAGGCUGAAGAAAAGAGGGCUAAAUUGUUGGAUGAACAGAAAAAUAAAAUGUCGCCUGAUGAAGAACGCGAGCAUCUUUUGAAUCGCGUUAAGCAGGAUAAUAUGGAUAUUGUGGCGGCUGAAAGGAAAAUAGCUGAAACAGAAAGUAAAAUUCGUCAGGUUGAACAGGAGUUAGAGCAGUUAGAAACAGAUUUAGAAGACAAUCAGUCGGAAAAACAGAUAAAAUAUAAUGAAUUGAGAAAACGAGAAGAAGCUAUAGAACAAUUUAUGCCGAAUUUUGAACAAAGUAAAGAAGAAGAAUUGAAAAAAUUAUCUGGCUUAGAAGAUAAAAUUGUUGAAUCUUUGAGAAAAUUAGCUUACGCUACAGAUCAUGAUAUUAAUCAACUUUCGCUUAAUGAUGAAAUGGCAAUUUUUAAUAUUCCAUCGUCUGAAAAUGCCAACAAGCAGAAUAAAAGUUUUGAGGAACUUAGUAAAGAGCACAUUAAAUUAAAGCAGUCGUUUAUUAAAAUGGAGAGUUUUGAAAAAAAAUUAAAUACCGAACAAAUUGAAUUGACGGAAAAAAUAAAACAAAAAGAAAGCGAAUUAAUUGUUCUAGAGGAUUUGGAAGGAUUAAAAGCACGUUCGGAAGCAGAACACGAGGAGCUGAUAGCACAAAGACAGCAGUUAAAGAUUCAACAGCCGGAACGUGAAAAAGAAUUAUCUGCUGUAAGAAGAGAAUACGAAGAGUUGAAAAGUAAACUCGAAAAAAAUGAUUUGUAUUUGCAAAUAAGUGCUUUGGACGAUAAAUUGGAAAAAUUGAUCCAAGAUAAUGAACAAACUAUUUGUUCUAUCAAUGAAAGUGAAAGUCAAAUGAAUUAUCAAUCCUUGAAAGAAGAAGCUUUUGUUUUAUUAGAAAGAUACAAUUCAAUACUCAAAGACAAUGUUAAAUCAAUUUAAUUAUUUAUUUACUCGUGUUUAUUGUUUAUCUUCUUGAAAAAUCUAAGUUUUACUUUAUAAAAAUACAGUAUUUCGUAUUUCAUCCAAAGAUCUCACUGUUUUUUGUCAAAAGUUUUUCACUUAAGUUAAUUUUAAGUGUCAAUAUAAUUAUUCUAAUAAUUGCUCCGGUAACAUU